GUCGCCAGUCGCCAGUUUGCCGUGAGCGCUCGUGAUGCGAGGACGUUCUAUAACUUCGUCUAGGAGCGUGGCGCUCUAUUACCACUCGCACUAGAAACGGGGGAACGACACACGUUCCUUUUUCCCACAUAAUUCUCGUUCCCUGCUCGCGUACGUACGAUAGACCGAGUCGGCCGAAUCCGUGUGGAAAUUGGCGAUAAACGAGAAGGAACACGAUCGACGCCACCAGUGUAUCCGAGACGACCAUUUACGACGACAGUUCAAACUAGCGGCGUGCGCGGGCAUUCGACGUGCACACGAGGAACACGAGCGUACCUCACACGAGAGAAAGAACGCGACAUUUUUCCUCUUGUUUACUGUGUGUUGCGGACAGUACGUCCUUGGUGUAUUCGCGGGCAUACCGUUCCCAAGUGUAUAACGUUUUUACCGAGACUGGAAGAUACUGAUUAUUACCGUGCUCGCUCGCAGCCCACCAUUUUAUUUCGAAAGUUUAACGGUGGCGUUGCCUGUUACAUCUGUGCGUCCUUGUCCCUGCGUGAUGUACGAACCUUUCGAUCGACCAGCUGAUCGCGAUUCCGGCAGUGUUGCAUCGGCUCGAUGGACUUUAUAGAGGUAACUCGUCCGUGGAGUAUCGUGUACGUGAGCGGAAAGUCGAAUCGCUCGACUACGAGACAGUUUUCGUGCGGGUACCCGGCCCUUUUUUUUCACUCGCACCGUUGUCUACACCGUCGACACCUGCAGUAACCGCGGGAAUUUUAUCACGGCGGUUCGCGGCGCCGCUGCGUGGUGUUGUUGUGCGCGAGCUUAAGGUUCGCGGGUUGUGCGCGGGACAAGGACAGAGCGCGUGUUGUGUGUACGAGUCCAACCAAAGAGAGAGACGGUGUGCGAGUGUCGGAAAGAGGCAGAACUAAAACCGAGAACUCUGAGAAAGUUUGUGAGUAAAACGUGCCUCCGAGACGUAUUUACAACAUCUCUCUCGUAAAGUACGUUCUCUCUUUCUUUGUACAACGUAUACGUGUAUGUACAAUUCGUGUUAUCGUUUCGCGGUUGAACCAACGACAAGGACAGCUGCGGCAGAUCGACCGAAAGAAGUGAAACGAAUAAAAGAACAUCGGACUCCGCUUUUGUUUCGCGAGAUUAUUCGUGCUUUCGGGGGUGCGAGUAGAGUGACGGCCAAGCCAAAAGGGAAAACCUAUAAGCCGAUAGCACGACGAGCGAGACAGGGAACAACUGCGGAAUAGGGACGGGGCGAGGGAAAAGAGACGGAAACACGGUCGCCGCUCCACGAGGAAAAGAAAGACGCACACGUCGGGACUGAAUAUGUCCGCCAAGCGAAAGGCCACUGCCAUCAUGCAGCAUCACAAGGAAAACAUCUCGACCCCGGAGCCAGCCGACAUAUCCGAGGAGGAUCACUACUCGAGCGCGCUCAUGAAAGACGCGGAUAAGCUGAAGCUGAUGCUGCUCGCGUGGAAUUAUAAUCUUCAACAGCAGGCUCAGGCUCAGGCCCAGGCCCAGGCACAGGCCCAGGCCGCCAACGCGGCCCUCUCGCCAAAUAACUCCUCGACAACCACGGCCACCACCGUUGGCACACCUGUAACCAGCCAAUCAGCCAUAUCCACGGCAAACAACACCAUUAACAACUCCACACUUACAGACUCCCGAAACGGGUCAUCAGAGUUGGUGGACAUGCCGGCCGGAACCGUUCCUAAUUUGGGCGCGGUUGCCGGAGUCGGUGGCGAGGACAUGGCAUCCUUGUGGGCAUCCUACGCGAUGGGAUUAAAGAAGACACCGCCGCCGGCGUCCGCGGCGACGCCCUCGCGAUCGGAUCGUGAUCGCGAGUCCAGCCCCCCGGGGGAGGGGACGGGGAGCGCGCACGACGAGACGAGCAGCAGCGGCAAUAAGGAGGACGAGGACGACGACGACGAGGAUGCCGACGAGAGGUUGGACCCCAGACACCACGACCCGGAGCGCCAGAAGGCUUUCAACAUGUUCGUCAGGCUGUUCGUCGACGAGAACUUGGACCGUAUCGUGCCCAUCUCGAAGCAACCGAAGGAGAAGAUACAGGCGAUCAUCGACAGUUGUACCAGGCAAUUUCCAGAGUUUGCGGAGAGGGCAAGGAAAAGGAUCAGAACGUACCUGAAGAGUUGUAGGAGGAACAAGCGUGGCAGGGAGGGCGCACCUUGGGACGCGGCGAGGCCCACUCCGGCGCACUUGACCUCUGUGCAGGCCGAACAGAUUCUGGCAACGGCCUGCGAAAAUGAGAGCGACAACGCGAAACGCAUGAGACUCGGUCUGGAGCCCGUCUCACAACCAAUGCCAACUCUUCCGGCUGCGACGCAAACGGAUGUCCGGUCAAGUUUGGAGCAUUUCUCGAGUACACCGGUGAAAUCACUUCCGGGUAAAAGGGAGGAUACACCACCGGCAUCGCUAACGUCCCUGGCGCCGCUAACCAGUUUGGCGAACUUGCCCAGCAGCACUCUCUCCUCCACACCCCUGUCCCUUGCACCGGCGUCGAAACUGCUCACCCCGGCGGACAACAAGGGUCUCAUGAGCCAGGCGACGAUAGUCAGCUCGUCGACGGUUAACGGUGUUGCCAGCGGUGGUGCACCAACGGCGAUGUACAGACCUAACUUCAGCCAGGCGUUCCAACGCGCCGGGCCGACCACAGUGCCGCCAACAUUGUCGGCGGGGCUCUACCCCACGCAGAGCUUCACGUCAGGUCUAUUGAGCAACGGUACACAAAGACCGACGGAUUUGAGCAUGAAGAACACGAAACCGCUUCUGAGUCAUAAGUUGAACGCAACGGAAAUGACAGCCGUUAGGCAACUGAUCACCGGAUAUCGAGAAUCAGCGGCAUUUCUUUUGAGGUCCGCCGACGAGCUUGAACAAUUGUUGCUUCAGCAACCAUAGAGUUACGUUUACGUAGGCAGUGGCCAGCAGCUUGGUUCGUAAGUUUUUUUUCCUAAAGCGUGGACCAAUACGCUGUGCAAAUAAGCUGGCACGAGGGUUUAAUUUGAUCCACGAAACCGGAGACUUGAACGCCUGCAUACGAACGAAGCUCUGGUUUACCCGAGCGUCGAAAUUACCGACUAUCGGUAACGAGUUUCCAUUAUCGACCACCGAUAAACGCGAUUCCCAAGACCAAAUUGCCCCGAAGGAAGGAAGGAUCGAAUGCUGCAACACGACGAAAUUUUAUCCCGAAGGAUGUCAGAAACUGGAUUUUCCUAUCGCGCGAGCUAAGCUUGAGACAAGUUAGCUUCAAUCUCUAGACUGCAAAACUCCUUGAAUAAAUAUGAAAGAAGAGGAGGAAACUGUUUUCGUGUUAACGAAAGGCGGGAAUUUCAAAUUUUAUUUAUCGAAGAAGAACGAGAGUUCCAGGCGAUGGGAUCACCAGGGGACGCGGUGUUCUUAGGGCUAGGUUUAAGGGAACUAUUUCAAACAGGGUGUACAUAGAGAGGAUUUACAGAUAUUUACUUAACUAUCGAUAAGCUUAAGCUUAAGAGAAUACGAGGAUACGGUGUGUGUCGUUGCGUGCAUGUAUAGAGUGCGUGCGGGAGGCUUUGGGACGAAGAGCGACGCGGCGAAAGAAUUUGAUAAUAGAUCGUUGCUCGAAAGUAAAAAUGGUGUAUCUUCUUUAGAUUAAUUAUACGCUAGCCACGCGAACGAAUAUCGCGAACGACCGCUUGCACGUUCGAAGUUGCCGCUUCUCUUCGAUCGGUCAAAGCUGCUUCGAACGUCUGUCUGUGUCGUGUAUCGAACAUCGCCAUUGUCGUUUACCCAAUGAGAACAUUGUAUCGAUUGUUAUGUAUAUACGGAUGAAAAACGUAAGAAAAAAAAAGAAAAGGAGCAGAAUUACGCUCCAUGAAUAUGUACGGGAAUGGAGAGAAAAAAAGAAAGAAAGAAAGAAAAGAGUCGGGGAGAAGUGAGUUGCCUGAAAACGGGACGGUGAGGAACCCUGCAGUCAUCACAUGUAUAUAUAUAUAUAUAAAAUAUAUAUAUGUACUAUUUAUCAUAGAUCAACGGGACAAGAUGGUACUCUCCCUUUUUUUUUUUAUUUUUCGUUACACGAGAAAACGAUCUGGCGAUUUAUCAUACACGCGAUUCCUGUAUUUUGUUGAGAGCAUACUUGAAUUGUGCGGAUUGGCUUGAGGAUAGAGAUUCAAUUUGAUGUAUCGAUGAAAAAUCAUGGAACAAAGAAUCUUCUUUUUUUUUGGAAAAAAUAUUUUAAAAUGUAUCUUUGAUUUGCAUUUAAUGAUUGAAAAUAAUAGUUGAUAAGUACUUUCGAUCUCUCUAUUUCAUCUUCCUCGAUCGUGCUAUCAAAUUUUUUAUAAAAAGCCUUGAUAAAAUUCGACGAAUUCUAAAAGAUUCUACGAAUUCUUUCAAAAGUUUAACUCGUUUCAUCACAAAGAAGUAUUGAAAUGUUAUAAUCCUCAACCGAUGUUAGGCACAUUUAUCGGGAUCAUCUUGUCACGAUCGGACAAUACGUUGAAAUCGAAUAUUCCGUGGUUUCCGGACGUAUCACUGUGUUACCAAAGAACACUGUUUAUUAUUAUUAUUAUUAUUAUUAUUAUUAUUAUUAUUAUUAUUAUUAUUAUUAUUAAUAUUAUUAUUAUUAUUAAUAUUAUUAUUAUUAUUAUUAUAUUAUUAUUAUUAUUAUUACAAUAGAUUCGUAUAAUAUGCACACAGCGUUAUAUACACGCGUUUAUUUCUUUCUCUUUUCUAAUUUUUUUUUUUUUUCUCUUAUCUUUGCUCUAUUCUUCUACUCUCUUCAAAACGAAAUCAUCGAGUUCUCAAUGAUCGAGUCGUUAUCGCAUUUAUUUUUAAAUCGUAAUCGAUAAAAAAAAGGAAAAAAAAUAAUAUAUACAUCACAAUUGAUAUCUUCCAUCGUUCGCGUUCAUACGAAUAAUAUGAUGCAUAAAUUUUUCAUCGAUUCGAUUUCGUUGCAUUCUAUUUACUCACUUCCACCAAGUUAACUUUUAUUACUUUUUAUUAUUAUAAUUACGAUUAUAACGCAGUCGCCCUAACCCUACAAAUCGAAGGAUAUAAUAUAAAAAAGGAAGGGUAGCUUUGGACUAAAAAA